CACGAUCAGAUGAGCUUUCACAUAUUUUGACACUCCGCCAACCAUCAUGGGGAUCUAAGCCACACAUUCAACACAUACGCAGUCCUAUCCGCCUUUGGCUUUGGAAAGGGUAAUAGUUGCUGCUGCUUGAAUAUCCCUCCAUUGUUCUAACAGGGGAUUUUUUUACUUAAUCAUGCCUGCACCGCUUAUUUCCCCCGCCGAAAAGAGUUACAUUGAACAAGGCAUUGAACAAGAUUGUCGUGCCGACGGUCGAGGCCGAUUAGAAAUGCGUCACAUGAUUCUCGAAACCGGCAUCUUAUCACAAACCAGCGGCAGUGCUCGUUGCCGUUUAGGUGAUAGCGACGUCCUGGUCGGCGUCAAGGCCGAAAUCGGCGAUAUCGAACAGGGCCAACCCAAUCAAGGCAGAAUCAUUUGCAAUGUGGAAUGUUCACCAAGCGCGUCACAACAAUUUGAAGGUCGUGGUGCUGACGAUCUCAAUAAUACCUUGACGGUAGCAUUAGACCGUCUUUUGAAUGGACCGCAGAGCGGUAUCAAUUUGGAAAAACUGUGCCUUAUUCCCGGCCAAUCCUGUUGGGUGCUUUACGUGGAUGCCAUGGUGAUGGAUUGUGCUGGCAAUUUACUGGACUGCAUUGUGAUGACGACGCGUGCAGCCUUGUUCAAUACCCGAAUUCCCAAAACCGAGAUUCAGGAUCUGGGCGAGGGAGAAUAUGAAUUUGAAGUGGUGGAUGAUGUGGAAGACGCGGAAGCUAUUCAAGACUGGGAUCGAUUACCUAUUGCCGUGACUCUAUACAAGAUUAGUGACCGAUACAUCAUUGACCCCACAGUGCUGGAAGAAUUAUGUUCCCAAGUAACUUUGACGGUCGGUGUCAACAAGGACGGACACAUCUGCGGGGUGCAAAAAGGUGCUCGCGGAAGUAUCGAUCCCAGUCUCCUGACUGAAAUGAUUCAGACCGCCACGAUGUUGGGCAAGUCGUUGAUACAACAGUUGGAUGCCAAACUCAUAGAGGAAGAUCAGGCUGUCCAAGACAAGCGACGACGAGGCGAGCCGGUGGAAAAGCUUGGCUUCUUUGCUGCUGUCAUCUAAUGAUCAUGAGGCCAUUUUUUCUUUUAAUUGUAUGCAUUUUCACAUUUAUUUUUCCUAUUGGUUCAUUCCAUUCUCCAUUCAUCCUCUAGCCAUAAGCACAAAAAGAAGUUAUUGACGUCAUGCACAUGUAAAAACCACUCACCCGGUCAAACGCUUAUUCAUACGAAAAAAGGGCCUUGUUUUUCAUUUCCCGAACUUUGAA